GUAGCGGCUCCACUCCACCGCCGCGCCAAGUUGCGCUACGAGCUCUCGAGGAGCCCCAAAGGCCAGUCUGCGACACACAAGCGAGCAGUGCAAAUCCGACGGUCGACGCCAGUUCUUCUCCGUUUCCCACACGCAACUGUUAUUAUAUAGCUCGCGCGAAUCAUUGUUGCUGCUGCGGCUGUCAUCCGCACGGCGAAUCGUGCUUUUCGCUGCGAGCGCGGCUCGAUCAGUCGAUCGAUCGAUCGAUUCCAGACCGAGGAGAGCUGCCUGGGAGCCGACCAUGUCGAGGAUCCCCCUUGCUCCUUGGCGCAACGCACAGUACCUCCCGCUGCAGCUCGUUUCAUCGUAAAACACAUCAAAUGACAAAGGGCCGAUAGGCGACAGAAAUGAAAAAUUGAAGUAUCGAUGAAUAUUUCCGAUCCGGACGAGUUAAAGUAGAACAAAGCAAAUAAAAUGUGUUGCUUGGUAAUAGUCACUGGGCGGAGCUUAGCGUGGACCCUUAUUUCCAUACUCGCGUUCAUGUCAGUAUUAGCCGCUGUCCUCACUCCAAAAUGGAUCAUAGGUCCAGGUCGCCCCAUUCAGUCAGACGACGGUUCAAAAAUGUACAACCCAAGCCAAGGAAUCUACAACAGAUGCAUAUUGUUGCAAGGUCAGAAAAACCAUUGCGGCGAUUUCAAUCAGGAUGGCUUCUUUACUGAUCCAGUAGUCUUCCCACCCAUUUGGAAAGCUUCAAUGUUCUUCAUGUCAUUUGGUCUUGCUAUCAUGGCUGCAACAGUUGCGGCUGCUCUUCUCGGAUGCUAUGUGCAAAGUAUAGGCCGAAAAAGUAUUUUUGAUCUCUGCGGCGUUGCUCAAGCUAUCGCAGGCAUCAGCUAUCUCUUUGGAAUGAUAUUAUAUCCAGCCGGAUGGGGAGCCCCUCGAGUCAGGAAAAUGUGUGGUCCUGAGGCUAAUGCUUUUUACCCCGGGGACUGUACAAUAGGUUAUUCAUUUUACUUAGCGGUAUGCGGCGUUUCAUUGACGUUUUUGAGUGCGAUUUUGAGUAAUCAAGCUGAAAAGUCAACUUCCAGUGACAAAGUGCAAGAAAAGCUUAACGAAGGCAAAAAUCUUGUUUGUCUUCUUUAAAAAAUUAUGAAGUAAAUCGUAUUACUCUAUGACAUUUUACUUGUUUCUGAUAAUAUUGUACCUAAUAUUGAUAAUUAUGGUCUUGAAUUCAUAGAUGAAAUUCAAUGUGCCAUAUUUUUAUCUUGAUUAUUCGUGCAAAUUGCAUAAAAUCAUCCAAAAUAGUGAGUUUUUAGUCAUUAUGAUAUGUAUAACGUAUAGAACGAUUGAAAUAUGUGUAUUUUUAAACUAAUGUAAAUCCAAUUUUAAGUAUUAUAAGUUACCUAACAAAAAAUAUUGGAUAUAAAAUUUUUUUAUGACUACAAUAAAUUUUAUUAUUGAAACCUAUCAAUCGAUAUUCU